GAUGUCAAGCUACAUCUAUGAUGCCGUAACCCCCUGCCCCUCGCGACAGGAGACUUCGGGGCUCAAUCGAAGCAGCAUUAGGGGCUCGUUCGAUGGUCUGUGGGACACCAGCAUCACCAGUAGUGACUCCACCGAAAAGAUCGACUUCACGACCGAUAUUAAACCAUCAGUGCUGACGGGCGUCAAGCCCAGGCGCAAAACUCGAUCGAACGCGUCCUUCCUGAUUCACGACGAAUCCGAGGUAGACUCCGUGCAAGCUGCGCCUGGUUUGAGAAGGGCACCAAGUACCGCGACAACCAUCGCUUCGUCUCACAGAAAGUCCUUGCUCGCCCAGCCGGCUCAGAGGUUUCGUCCUAAGGUUAGCUAUGUCGCUAGCCCACAGAGAAACUCACGGCCCAUAGGAGUCGUCACGUCAACGCAGCACAGAGAACGGGGCCAGGAAGAAAACAAUGAGCUUUUGCUGCAGAUAAACGGCGCGAGACAGAAGCCUCAGUCUGGAGAUGCACUCAAAAAAGCCGUUCGACGCAAUACGGUCUACAUACCCCCAGAUGAUACCACAGUUGCGAGCGUGUUCAUGGGUCUAUUCAGUCCCCAGAAAACCGAGAACGUUGAAAAUCUUCUUCGAGAGGACACACAGAUCAAUAGCCUGGAGGCACAGAUCGCACGGAAACGACUGGCUAAACGGUCCCUCAACUCAGCGGCGCAGCGGGCGCCGUUGAAUCCCAGCACGAAAAUUGCACAGGGUGCUAAUAUCCAUGUCGACGUGCCUGGAAAGAAUGGUGGGAAGGAGAAUAUACCACCUGGAUCAUUCUUCAUUGAUAGUAAAAAAGGCCACCAAUCUUUGAAGACCAGAGAGCUCUGUGAGCGCAACCAGGCUGUUUUUUCGAGUGGGAAUCAAACUCUCAGGGCCAAAGCUGCCUCAAAGCCGACAAACUCGGCGCUAGCUUCCAAGACAAACAAUCGGAUUCUUAACAAGAAUCAGCCCGAGCCAGUCAAGAGACAUCCAGUGAACAGCAGGAAACAGACAACGUGUUUCAACCACGAAACCUUGUCAGCCAAAAGCGAUGAGGCUCCCAUAUCAGCGCGGAAGACCAUGAUGGCAAAGCCCAGAGCCCCACAGGUUCUGGAAGCGAAAGAGCUCGCAAAAAGUUCUUGUAUCAUCCCUGACAACAUCACGAAGCCGGAACUGUACGAGGAUGACUGGCUUGGGCACCAGGAGGUUCUAUUGACCCAGCUUAUGAAUGAGUUAUUGGACACCAGUAAUCACAACGCCGGUUGUGUCGAUGCUAGCAAACUCAGAAAUGAGCUGCUAACCUUAUACCAAGGUGCCUCUUUUAUGCAAUUGCAGAAACGGCUGAAGGCAUCAUUACUCUAUGGUGCUCUGAGCCUGCCAAAGGAUGUGCUCAAUGAUGCCAGCAAAUUGUAUCGAGAUUUGGGUCUAAAGCGGAAAUUCCUUGACUUUUGGAUCCAUACCUACGACUCGCAAACUCUCAGAGCAGCACUGGAAGUGAUUACUGGGAGAGCGAUUCCAAAUUCGAAGCUGGCGGCAGGCAUCGGCAACAUUGGCGGAGAAAAGGCAAUGAAAUGGAAACUAGCAGGCUUCUUGGAUGUUCUCCUUUUGCAGAACCAGGAUAUGGAUCGACACCCACAAGACCGGGGAGGAGAGGAUGGAGACAUCGCAGGACGUGCAUACCGUCGAACCUUUCUCCGGAGCAUCAUGAUCAUUGUUCUCCUGGAUCAAGCAAAGCAAUGCUCUGAGGUGUAUCUACCACAUCUCCUUUUCCAACCUUCGUCCUUGUACAAGUCCUCCAACGCUGUCUUGCAGGCACUUGGUCAAUUGUUAUUGCCAUCGUGUGGCGACAUCAUCAAGGCGCUGUAUCAUCUUGAUUGCCAGUUGUCAUAUGAGCAGCGAUCCUUGGUGGAGUACCAAUUUGGGAUUAACAAUAUUGCUGUGGACCUGCGCGAUGGAGUGAGAUUGGCACGACUUGUUGAGUUAUUGAUCCGGACAUUGUCCAGCAGGCUUAGGUUUCCCUGCAUGGGACGGGCAGUAAAACUGUUUAAUGUGCAGAUCACCUUGGAAUCACUGUCUUCGAUGGACGAUACAAGGAAGCUUGUCCACAAUCUGCGCGCGGAAGACAUCGUGGACGGACAUCGUGAGAAGACUAUCGGACUACUUUGGGGGCUCGUCAACACUUGGGGUCUCGACAGGCUUUUGGAUAGUCAUGGAUUGCGGAGGGAAGUUCAUCGAUUGAAGGCGACCACUUCCCGAUUUGACAUUGAGGAUCCCGAAGGUUUGAUUUCAGCUUCUUUGGGCAUUUCAGGAGGCGAGAACGACAUAAUCAGAUCAUUGCUCAAACAAUGGGCGAGUGGCCUAGCGGAGAACAAUGGGCUGCACCUUGAGAACUUCAGCACGUGCUUUAGCGAUGGGAAAAUGUACGAGUGCAUUGCCAACGAGUACGAGGGGCAUAUGGUUGCCGAUGCUCAAUCCUUGUCAUCGACCCUGGAGUCUCGCCUUCAAGCUUUUGGCUGCAGUGCGCCGCUUGGUGAGUUAAUGGCGACCACCCUGAUCGUUUCUGCAACGACUAACCAACCUUUAGUGAGACUGAUAUGCCCAUCUGCUUCUGGUGCUCAUAUCCCCGACGCCGACUUCACGAUCGGAGUCCUCGCCUUCCUCUGCUCUCGAAUAUUAUUUUCCAUCAAACGGGCAUGA